CAGCAGCAGCAGCAGCAUCAGGAUACCGCUACUGGCAUCUGUCAUCUGGCAUCUGCUACAGCUGGGUCUGACUCUGGCUCUGGCUCCAACUCUAACUGUGGGUCUGGGUCUGGGUCUGGGUCAGUCAUGCGCGCGAUCAGCCGCUGGCGAGCAGCGACAACAUGAUGAAGCUAUUGUCACCCCAUCAACAGCGACAGCGACAACGGCAACAACAGCAACAGCUGGCUCUGGCCUUGCGCUGGCUCUGCCUGCUGCUGCUGGUGCACAACGCCGCACAGUUUGAGACAGACUGCGGCUGCCAGCCGAGAGGUCGCGAGGCACGCAUUAUUGCUGGCGCCACCACGCAGGAGGGCCAAUUUCCGUGGCAGGCAUCGCUGGAGCUGCUGCAUCCUUCGCUGGGCUUUCUGGGCCAUUGGUGUGGUGCUGUGCUGAUCCAUCAGUAUUGGAUACUCUCUGCCGCCCACUGUGUGCACAACGAUCUCUUUAAUCUGCCCAUUCCACCUCUGUGGACUGUGGUGCUGGGCGAGCACGAUCGCAACGUGGAAUCGGGCAACGAGCAGCGCAUUCCCGUUGAGAAAAUUGUGCUGCAUCAUCAUUACCACAAUUUCCGGCACGAUGUGGUGCUAAUGAAGCUGUCCAAGCCAGCGGAUCUCUCCCGCUCCUCUCACAUACGGCGCAUUUGUCUGCCCUUCAUGCUGCGCGAGACACCAGUACAGGAGGCGCCAGCGCCACCGCCGGCGCCAGCUUCCGAUGAUGAUAUGCUUAGCCAGCAGCUCGAGCUGGACGAUGUGCCCGAGAAGAUUGAUAAUUUUCUGCGCAGCGCGCAGAGUCGAAGGCGGUACCGCAAUGUGACUGCGCCCACCUCCAUCAACAUGUCCAUGCGAGAGCUGAUGAACAUGAAGAUUCUCAAUCGCUUACGCCAGUCGCUGAAGCAAUCCCAGCGCUCGCCGCGCUCCCUAAAACGCACGCGUCGGCGCAACGAUAAGCUAAUGAAACUACAGCUAGAAUCGGAGCCGGAAACACAGUUUGCCAGGGGCCAGGACUCGCACGAGAUGCCCUUCAUGGACUGCGUGGCCACCGGCUGGGGCAAAGCGAACAUCAGCGGCGACUUGUCCAGUCAACUGCUCAAAACACAGGUGCCACUGCAUCAGAAUCGCAGAUGCAAGGAUGCCUACGGCAGCUUUGUGAAUAUUCAUGGCGGACAUUUGUGUGCCGGGCAGCUGAAUGGCGAGGGCGGCACCUGUGUGGGCGACUCCGGCGGGCCGCUGCAGUGUCGACUGUCGCGCGACGGUCCCUGGAUAUUGGCCGGCGUCACCUCAUUCGGUUCGGGCUGUGCACUUGAGAAUUUCCCAGAUGUUUACCUGCGCAUCUCGUAUUACUUGAACUGGAUUGAGGACACAAUUGCCUCACAUUAAGGCCAAAGCCAGUGCCAGCG